AAGGAUAAACCUAUGUAUUGGGUUGAUUUGACGAAAUUGCCUCGAUGUCUUGAUUUCUUGCCUUAUACAUACUAAUACUCACCCGGAUGCUACCCAGUAUGUAUUACAUAGACGACAUCUAAGAAUGAUAUUCAUGAAUACCUUUGUCUCUUCUUCUCACCUCAUCAACGCAUCACCUCACGCUUUACUCACACCUUGCUCACAGUGACCCUUACUCACUCACAUCUCACUCAUGCCUCCAACCUUACAUCUUAUACCUCACACACCUCGCCUCACACACUCUCUCUCUCUUGCAUUGAUAGACAUUGAACAUUGACAUUCGGAGAAAAAAGGAUUACUAGGAACCAGGGUACUUCAAAGUUUGUUUUUAUUGAACACAGAUCAAAUUACCGGUCGGAUACCUUCUCGACCACCUGCCAAAGUGUUUAACCAAUACCAAUCCUGGUCUGUAUCCGCUUUUCAACAGUUAAAUGGGCACAUUGGGUCACGAUGAUUUGUUCUACCAAUUCAAGCCAUUUGGGAGUUCUUUGGUCCAGUACCUACCUACCUACCUACCUACCUACCCACCUACUCCGUAAUAUUUGACAAAGUCUUUCAUUUCAUUCGUUGAUCCACUGCAUAAACUGGUCUUCGGUAUGAACGAUGAGAAUGAUACCUACUAGGACGGACUGGUGGACUGAUAUAAAUGUUUAAAAUGCUACCCGGUACUCACUCACCUCUCCUUUCGCCAGACUUAAGAUUAUUUAUCAUGAUUUCUUAUUUCCCUUGUUCAAAAGUAGGCAGUCUUCCGUGUACCUCGCACAGUUUGAUAGCUUUUCUUUUUUCUUAUUCAUUGUUCAUUAUUUUUCUGCUUACCUAGGUACUCACACUCAAAUUACCCGUUCAUUCGAUCUACCUCCCUAGGGACCUAGCUAGCACUUAGUACCUUGUUCAUUAACCGUUCGGAGUAUUCUACUCCAACUCUCUUCCAACUUCUUCCCCAGCAGCCGACAUCUUCUCAAACCUCUUCUCGCUCUCACCAACAAAGAGGGCGAAAGGAAGAAAAGAACUGUGUUGGACCGGUCAAUGGUCAUCAGUCUCAGUGCGGUCAUUCACCAACAGCUUCAAUUAUCUUCAUUUCGGCAUUACUUAUUCACUAAAUAAUUUAAUUGGUCGGUAUAAUCGCCGUUGUGUCUCUGUUUGGCACUGCCGCACUGCAGACGCACGUUCACCAGUCCACUACAUUCACUACUACAUACAGAAAGUCUCUCCUAUUUUCCUAUCGACCAACCCAGAUGAUCAAGAAGGAUCUAUCCAACAAUUGAGUAUUAAAGAUUCAUUCAGGAAAAGUCUGGUUGUAAUUUGGAUUUGUCUGGUCAUACCUUUAUAAAAGAUACGAAGAAAGAGAUCAUUCGUUCCGCCCAUUCGAAGAGAUUGAGGCAACUUCAUUCAUAUCAAUUAUAAUACAAGACAUCCGGAUACAAAAAGAUUGAUUGGAAAGCAUUGGUAGGAAAGAAUUGAAUCACUCUUAGGGUGAGAAGGUCGUUUUCGACAGAUCUUCAAAUCUUGGAGUAAAAGGUCUUGAAUCAGUAUGGCAACGAUCUCUACAUCGCAAGCCCAUACCAGCUUGACACCACCAAGUAGUUCUCACGGUCAAGAUUCUUGGAAUUAUUCUGUGCCAGUAGAGCCGACCUCACCUUCUGCCGUCACCGACUAUCAUAAUCAUAAUCGACAAAUUUCCCAAACCAACGGUUACCCAUUGCGUCCAAGUACCGAAACCUUUGGUCCUCGCCUCGAUCAUAACCAUUUGGCUCCAGCUCGCGCAAAUGAAUUAAAUCGACAGAAUAGUGAUAUCAGCGAUACUCCUAGUGCUCCUGAUAGUUUAUCGGAUUCAUAUGGAAAUAACAAAGGCGGUCGAAGUAUGGAUUCUGGGGGGAAGAAAGGUAUGAACGGUGGCACGUAUGAAAUGGAUGACGUGGAACAUUCCAGGUGGAUUCACAGAGAUAAAUUGGCCCGAAUUGAGAAUGAGGAACUACAAGCAGCUGGUAUACCGAUACCUCGUCCAAGAACAGGAAGUAAAUCUAGUCGACGGGAUCGUAGUCAAGAUGCCAGUAACGCCAUUCGAAGUGAGGGACAAAAAAGGCAGAAGAUGGGCGCGAAUGGAGAUGGAGAAGGUAAUCCUUGGGACUUGCGAUUACCUGAAGAGUCUGCUGGAGAUUUAGGUACGAAAGGUAUAUCGAAAAUACCAAUAUCGAAAACGAGUCCCUUACCAAUACCGAUCGAUUACCUUGAACGAGAUACACCUAUAGCUCGAAAAACAAGCAACAAUUGGUAUGAUGAGGAGGACCCAUUGUCAUUCAAGCAAGCAAGAAGUCGGAGUCAUAGUGUCAAAAGUUCACUUAUACUUGAUGAUGCUACACCGUCUUCUUCAACUGUUCCAAUGCCUACUCCCGCUAGGGUAUCACCUACACCUACUCGUGCAUCACCAUCCGAACGAUCUCCUGCCAAGAAAGCACCAGGACGGAAAGGAUCUAUUGGCGCAAAUGCUGCACUUCCCGGAGGUAGACAAACAUCGGCACAAAGACAAAAACAAAAGCCUAGUGGAACAAAUGCGCCAGAUAUACGACCAAAGACUCGUUCAGGUGACAUAAUUAAUACAUCAAAACGACCUGAAGGUGACCCACCUUGGCUGGCUACUAUGUACAAACCUGACCCUCGAUUACCUCCCGAUCAACAAGUAAUUCCGACUCAUGCGAAACGUAUGCAACAAGAACAAUGGGAGAAGGAGGGUAAAUAUGGAAAUGUUUAUGACACAGAUUUUAGGCCAUUAAAUCAACAGGAAUACAGACCACGCCCUGAUUCAUUUUCUCCACCACCAGAAGGACCAGAUGGACCAGAGGAACCAAAGUCGGAAGAACAAGCUCCAGAAUGGCCAUUAAGUGGUCCACAAUCUCCAUCACCAGUUUCUCCAGUAUCACCUAUUUCCGCCAUGACUCCUAAAUCACCUACAUUAAGUACGGGUCGAAGAUCACCAGUGGAAAGAGCAUCAAGUUAUAGCACAAUGCCAAAGAUCGCAACUGGAAAACCGCAGGGUGUUAAUAUUCCAGACCCUAAACCACCAAUUCGUGUUCAAGAUUCUCCUGAGUCGAGCAAAGGUUGCGGUUGUUGCGUCAUCAUGUAAUUUUUUGAGAACGGAUGUGGAAUUCGUUCUUUUCACCAAUACGGAGUUUUUUCCCUUUUUCUUUUCUGUGUAAAUUGGGCUAAGCAUGCAAGCAAGCAAGUUUAAUGGCGUUUGGGGAGUUGAUGGAUUCAUACUUGACUUGAAGACUAGGUCUGAGCGAUCGCCAAUUUUUUUUUUUCAUUUCAUUCAUUCGUGGAUAAACACAUCAUCAAAGAAAUUCAUAAUUACUUGUUGAAACUUUUCCCUCUGCAUUAAUUGUUUAUUGAGAUCCGAGAUUUGUGCUGGGCACGCGACACAACAUUAAAUUUCAUUGAUGUGGUAGUGGGGGAGGAGGAAGAAUCAGAUUAAGAUGGCGGG